AUGGAUCCGAUACCUCUUUCUGAACAACUAAGUCAAUUCGCGACUAGAUUCAGCGAUGAGGCCACCUCUCUACAAACAAAAUACUCAACAAUCUCUGAAUUGUAUGAUUUAUUGGAACUACUCAGCUUGCCUGAUGACUAUAAUCUUUUCUUGGAGAAAAUGAUUCCAAUCUUUUUAAAUCAAUUAGAUAUUAUUCCAAUAUCAUUUAAUGAACUUUCACCUGAACAUAAAUUAAGAAACGCGAUUUUAAACAUAAUGAAUAGAUACCUUAUUGGACACACUUCCGAAGCCCAAGCUAUUGCCAUCCUAAACAAAAUAUUCGAAAUACUAUUAAAGGAAAAUGAAGAAAAUGGUAUAAUCUGUAUGAAGAUAUUACCUGGAUUAUUCAAACUUUUUAAAACUCUGUUACAGGACAGAGUUGAAGAAUUCAUUGAAAUUAUUAAUCGUUUAUAUCAAAAUACACCUGAAUUAGUCAGAUUAGAGUUUGAUGAAUACUCAAAUACCAAUAAUAAUGAUGAUUCCAAUGAUAAUAUUACCUCCGAAGGCGAACAAUUACUAGAUCCAUCAGACAAAGACACAAACGAAAACGAUGAUCAACAAUUAACGAAGGAUGAAACUUCUGAAAAAUUGUUAAAACCAGUGAUGAGAUCUUUUAAAAUGCUAGUAGAAUGUCCAGUUGGAAUGGUAACUCUAUACUCUAAUUACAAACAAUUAAAUGGCACAUCACUUGAAAAUUUUAUUCCAAUGGUUAUGAAAUUAUUAAAUUUAGAAGUGGGUGCGCAAAGAAAGGCCCACCAGGAGGCUGAAUCUCAAGGGAAAAGGUUUACUGGUUUGGCCCCAGAUAUUAUCAAUAGAGCAAGUUAUUGUGAUUUUAUAUUUUCACAAAUUAAAUGUACAUCCUUCCUAGCGUACGUCUUUUUAAGAGAUUAUGCUGCAGAGAUAUUGAAGAAUUACGCCGAAUCAGUCCCAGAUCUAAUAAUUAGGUUAUUUGAAGAUUGUCCCUCCGAAAUACCUUCUGCGAGAAAAGAAUUGGUCCAUGCCACAAGACAUAUAUUAUCUACAAACUAUAGAAACUUAUUUGUUUCCAAGCUAGACUUACUUUUAGAUGACAAUGUGCUUCUUGGUGAUGCAUUUACCACUAGAGAAUUAUUAAGAACUUUAGCCUAUAGUACUGUCGCAGAUUUUAUUCAUAAUAUAAGGAGCGAAAUUAACCUGGACCAAAUCGAGAAAAUUGUAAAAUUAUACAGAGGACGAUUAUUAGAUGAAUCACUAAUCUUUAAUGUUCAAAUAAUGAGUGCCAAAUUAUUAUUAAACUUGGUAGAAAGAAUAUUAAAACUAGGUAAAGAAAAUCCUCAUGAAGCUCCUAGAGCCAAGAAAUUACUUAUGAUAAUCAUUGAUGCCUACUACCGCCGCUUUAAAAGUAUUAAUAGAGAUCAUGGCAUAUUUAUGAGAUCACAUAAGAAAUACCUACAGGAAAAGAUCGACAGAAAUAAUAAGAUAAGAAAGGAAGUACACAUUGAAAAUAUAGAUCUCGAUACAUAUAUGAAAAAUGUCUUUAAGAUGAACGAAAAUAUACCAAAAACUCCAGAAGAAGUCAAAAUGGAAAAGGAGGAGCAAUCACAGGAUGCUGUUGUACCAGAUGUAAAAGAAAAUAAUAAGGAAGAGACAGAAAUACUGGGAUACUUUGAUAUCAGGCACCAUGCACCUGUGUUAUUACCUUCUUCAUUUAUGAAUGAUCCAAUGAAAGAUAUUGCGUACUUUUUCCACACCUUAAUGCAAUUUUUGAAAACCAUCAUUCAUGAUUUGAAAGCAUUCAAUCCUCCACCAAAUGAAUAUACAAUGUCUAAUCCAAAACAGUGGGCAUCUGUGGGAAGAGUGUUUUCAUAUGAGGAAGUCCUAACAUUUAAAGGAUUAUUUCAUGAAUGUAUUUUGGCGCUACAAUAUUUUGCUGAUCCAGUUAAGCCAAAAAUUUCUCCUAAAAAACAUUUCGAUAUCACGAUACCCAGUAUACCAGUAACGGCUACUAAAGAUAGCAGAGAACUAAUGGAUUGCAUCGCUUUUAUGUUUAUGCAAAUUGAUAGUUCAGCAUUUAAUGAAAUAGUGGACUCUGAGAUAGAAUUCUUUUAUGAUAGCAUGAUAAAUGAUAGUGGUUUGCUACAUCUUGCGCAGUCGUUACUCACAAAUGAGCUAACUUCACCAAAUUUCUGCAGCAUUUUAUUAAGAUUCCUUAAAAAGAAAUUGCCACAUUUAGGAAAUGCUGGUUUCUAUGAAGCUAACGUGAUUGUCCGUUUAUUCAAACUAUGUUUCAUGUCUGUUAACUUGUUUCCUAAUACAAACGAACUGAUUUUAUUGCCACAUUUGAACAACCUUAUAUUGGACUCACUAAAGUACUCGACUAUGUCUGAAGAACGUCUAGUAUAUUUCUAUUUAAUCAGGACAUUAUUCAGAAGUAUAGGAGGGGGUAGAUUUGAAAAUCUUUAUAGAAUGAUCAAACCAAUACUUCAAGUUCUUCUCCAAUCCUUGAAUCAAUUAGUUUUAAGUGCACGAUUACCCCAUGAACGUGAAUUAUACGUUGAAUUGUGUAUAACUGUCCCUGUACGUCUGAGUGUGUUGGCACCAUAUUUGCAAUAUUUGAUGAAACCUUUAGUUUAUGCAUUACAAGGUCACCCAGAGCUAAUUUCGCAGGGUCUCAGAACUUUAGAAUUAUGUAUCGAUAACCUUACAUCUGAAUAUUUUGAUCCGAUAAUAGAACCAGUUAUUGAUGAUAUUUCUAAAUCUCUCUUCAAGUUGUUACAACCUCAACCUUUUAACCAUGCCAUUAGCCACACGACUGUGAAGAUCCUGGGUAAACUUGGAGGUAGGAAUCGUCGUUUCUUAAAGGCACCAUCUGAUCUAAAAUCGGAUACUGAAUUAGAUAUGGAGAUAAAUGCUCUUGUCAAAAUCAACGGCUUUAACGAUGAUAUCCCACUUUCCGUGACUCCUGGUAUGGAGGCGGCUUUUGAUAUACUAGAAGAUUACAAGGCUGAUAUCCAUUACAGGGAAAAUGCCUUUAAGUAUCUGUCGAAUAUUUUGCUAUUAUUUAUUAAGGAUUCUACUGAAUUUCCAGAGGACUUUGCUGCUUUGGUGAAAGCUUCUGCAAAAAUCCCCGUUGAAGAAAGAGUAGAUGUUGCUUCAAACUUUGAAUUAUCACCUCCAGUUGAUAGUGAACUGUUCACUGCACAGGAAAAGCUUCUCACACGUUUAUUGGAAUCAGUUUUCUUUGCAACAUCUAUCGCAGAACUAAAGAAUGAAGCACAAACGAUGAUCCGCCACAUUGUAGAUCAUUUUUGUUUACUGCAAGUUGCAAACACUCUAACCAACAAAUUGAACUAUACAAAUAUGUUUAACAUUGACGUGAAACAACCAGAAGUUAGAAUAACUAGUAGUGUUUUGGUACGUGCAAUCUCAACGUCUCUUUCUUGUUAUAUUAAAGAUGUUCAGAACGCUGGUAUUGAUGCAAUUAUGCAAAUCAACGAAAAGAGUAGAAUGAUUUACGAAAAAGAUCUGGUAUUUACAUAUUCCCUUCUGUUUGAUCUCCUAAGAGAGUUCAUACAUUGCUGUUACAAAGAACCAUUUUAUGAAAAUAACGCUGGUCUCCUUGGUAUUGGUAUACUAGUAAGAACAAUAACUAUACCGCUACCUCUUUUGAAGCGUCUACAACCCGAAAUGGUUGCCUGUUUCUUAUUUGUCUUGAAGGAUACAAUUGAAGAGGCACCAGUAAAUAUUACCAAAGAUGUUGAAGAUCUUUUACUUGAGAUUUUGAGGUUGACCUGCUCCGAUGUUACUUUAGAAACACUCAAUUCAAAAUAUUUACAGAAUUCUAUUACGGAUGUUGUUUGUGAAUUAAACAACCCAAAUGCUCGAGUAAGGAAGGCAUGUCAAUCCUGUCUGACUGUAAUACACGAGAGUACUCAAAUUCCGAUUGUGAAAUUAAUGGAACACUCAAAGCAUUUCUUAUUGUCACCAAUAUUUACAAAACCACUGAGAGCAUUAUCAUUUACGAUGCAAAUCGGGAAUAUUGACGCAAUGACAUAUUGUGUGGGGUUACCUGACUCUUUCUUAACAUUUAACGAGGAACUUUUUAGAUUUCUUCAAGAAGUGAUUGUGUUAGCGGAUGCGGAAGAUGAAUCACUGUCGACAGUCCAAAGAUCAACCGAGUACAAAACUGCCGAACAUUUGGUCCAAUUAAGAAUAACAUGCAUAAAACUAAUGGCCCUUGCCCUUAAGGAUGAAAAAUUUGCGACAGCUCAACAGGGGAAUUUAAGAAUUAGAGUUCUAGCAGUUUUCUUUAAAACAAUGUUAAAAACCUCCCCAGAGAUAAUUAACGCUACUUAUGAUGCCUUAAAAGGUGCUUUGGAGGGAAAUUCUAAAUUACCUAAGGAACUAUUGCAAAAUGGAUUAAAACCAAUGUUAAUGAAUCUUUCAGAUCAUCAGAAGCUAUCAAUCUCUGGUCUAGAUGCGCUAUCCAAGCUUCUUGAAUUAUUGAUUGCUUAUUUCAAAGUGGAAAUUGGGAAAAAGCUAUUAGAUCAUUUAACCGCGUGGUGUAGAUUGGAAAUCUUAGAUACAAUUUUCGGACAAGAUAUACACGAUCAAAUGCCAACUAAAAUUAUUAGUAGCAUCAUCAACAUCUUUUAUCUGUUACCUCCAAAGGCAGAUAUGUUUCUGAAUGAUCUGCUGCUGAAAGUUAUGCUUCUUGAAAGGAAACUACGUCUACAGCUAAACUCUCCCUUCAGACUCCCAUUGGCCAAAUAUUUAAACAGAUUCUGCAAGCCUGUAACCGAAUAUUUUAAAAAGAAUCUAGGUUUAAGGCAAUUAGUCUUAUUUAUGUCUAAUAUCAUACAAAUUCCUGAAGCAAGCGAUUUAGCUACUGAAUUUGAGAAUGAGAUGAGCAAUUUCCACGAUUAUUAUAUAGCGAAUAUACCUACAAACCAGGUUAGAGUUGUAAGUUUUUUUGCGAAUUUAGUGGAUUUAUUUGACGCCAUGCUAAACGUUAAAGGACCUGAUUGGUUAAGAAGCCAAAGGGAUAUGGUAUUUAAGAUAAGGGAUAUGCAAGCCUUAACUGUGAAAACUAUUCAAGAAAACAAAUUUUACAUUGACGAUUUGCAACUAGGGCAGGCCAUAGAUAAAUUCCAAGGGAUCUAUCUAAAAUUUGUUGAAUUCUACCCCUCUGAAAAGAUUUUAUUUUUUGAGUUCGUUAACUUUUCAAUUUCGAACAACCUUAGAUUCUCAGACGAUGUUUUCAACUUUAUCUUCAAAAAUAUCAUCAGUUUAGAUGAUACAACCGAGAGAGACAAAUACCUAGAAUCCACUAUAUCUUUUACAUUUAGUCAUUCUUUGGAAGUUAGUGUUUUUAUGUUUCAAAAGAUAAUCAAUUCAACGUUAAUCUACGAUGGUGUGCAGCGUAAACAUCUAUCCGACAAAGACGAAAUUACUACUAGACCUGGGUGGUUGGACUUACUCCAUUCUCGAAUCUGGAUACCAUCUCGCUCUAAUGCAGUCUUAUUAAACGGAAUUGAUGGCGAAUAUGACGCAUAUAGAUUUGAGCUAUUACAACUCUCCGGUGCUUUGGUAAAAUGGAACCCGAACUUAAUUUCCGAUAUCAAGAAAGAUAUAAUCAAGUUCAAUUGGCACUUUAUAAAACUCGAAGAUCCACUAGUGAAGCAAACAGCGUAUCUGAUUACCACACACUUUAUUUUGGAAUACGAAUUUCCACUAAGAGUAAUAACCCAGAUAUUUGUUGCCCUUCUGAGAUGCCCACCAAGUGAUGCCCGUUACAUUGUUCGACAAUCAUUGGAUCUGCUUGCACCUGUUAUGAAUAAAAGGAUGUCAGGAGAAGGAAAAGCAAACGAAUGGGUCAAUUGGGUAAAGAGGGUUAUGUUAGAGAACAAUUUUACUCAGAACAAUACACUGUACCAAUUUCUAAUCAAUCAUGCAGACUUACUGUAUGAUUACCGUGACUUAUUCGUGUCGAAUAUUAUCCACCAUAUGAACAAAGUCUCAUUCUUCCCAAAUUCCAAUGUAGACAGCCAAAUUUUGGCGAUAGAUCUCGCUGAUUUAAUUCUACGCUGGGAAAAAAGAAAUCUUCAAGAAAGUAGCGAACUGGAUAAGGAUGGUGAUUCAAUGAUGAUUGAUGCAGAUGAACAGACAGUAGGGGCCACUGAAAAAGAAAUAUCCAAUUAUUCCAUUCCUUUGAAUUUAAGAGAGUCUUGUGUCUCUUUCCUAAUAAGAUAUGUUUGCGCCAGUGACCACCGUGCAUCCGAUAAUGAACUUGGCAUAAGGUCAUUGAAUAUACUCUCAGUUCUUCUUUCCGAGAAAUAUUGGCCAAAUGUCAAUAUAAAAAUGGCAUACUUCGAAAAAUUCCUAGCCAAUAUUGAACUAGGAUCGGAGAACACCAUCUAUUAUUGCAUUAACACUUUAGACGUGCUCUAUAUAUUUUUCAAUAAUAAAAAACCCGAGUGGAUUGUGGCAAAUCUAACAACAAUACAAUCUCUACUGGACAAGUGCAUUGAAGCAAAUCAUCAUGACAUGCAGGAAGCUUUACAAAAGGUUUUGAAUGUUGUGUUGAAAGCCAUAAAGGUAAACGAAGAAACAGUUACUGGAAUGAACGAUAGCUCACCCUCAAAGAUAUUCAUAAAAUAUUUAGAAUCUAUCAUCACCCAAGAUUUACAAGGGACAUCAUCCGUUGCUGCUGGUGUAACCUUAGUGUGGACAUUGUUUGUUAAUUUCCCUGAAGGUAUUGACCCUCUACUAAACGUUUUAAUGAAAACUUUCAACAAAUUGUGUAAGGACCAUCUCACUACGUCUCAACCAAAAGAUGCUGUGACCAUGGAGGAAGCUAAAAUCACAACUAAACUUCUAGAAAAGCUUUUAUGUUUAUUAUCCAUGAAAGUUUCAUCAUUGGGUGACGCUCGUCGACCAUUCUUAUCCACCCUUGCUCUUCUAAUCGAUCGAUCUAUGGAUCAACGUUUUCUAGGGAAAAUAAUCAAUGUAUCAAGAACAUGGGUCUUUAACAAUGAAGUCUUUCCAACAAUCAAGGAGAAGGCUGCAAUCUUAACAAAAAUGCUCGCAUUCGAGAUAAGAGGUGAGCCAUCUCUAUCUAAAUCAUUCUACGAAAUUGUAUUGGAAUUAUUUGAACGCAAACAAUAUAGUAAUACCGAAAUAACUGUUAGGAUGGAACAACCAUUUUUAGUUGGAACGCGUACUCAAAAUAUUAAAAUUCGAAAGAGGUUUAUGUCAAUUUUGAAUAAUAGUCUAGAAAAGGAUAUUAAGGAAAGACUCUAUUACGUUAUAAGAGACCAAAAUUGGGAAUACAUUGCUGACUAUCCUUGGUUAAACCAAGCUUCUCAGCUACUAUAUGGUGCCUUCGAAAGAGAACAUUCUCUAUCACUCCAUAAUACUUCAUACUUAGUAACUCCAGGUGUCCUGAAAGAAUUUUUACCAACAAACAUUAAACCGGACGUUGAAGAGGAUGGCUCUGAAUUUGCGUCAUUUGUUAGUAAUCAUAUAUCAGCUCUCAAAAAAAUGUGCCAAAUAACAACGUCUGACAUUUUCGAUCCACUAGUUGAAUUAUUCUAUCAAAACCCCGAAACAAUUAAAAAGGCAUGGGUGAAUUUAUUUCCACAGGUUUAUAAGUGCAUUCCUCGCAAUGAAAAAUAUGGAUUUGUUAGGUCUUUGAUCGCCAUUCUUUCAAAACCUUAUCAUACUAAACACACAAGGGUCAAUAUCAUCAGUAUUCUGCUGGAUUCAAUCAGUAAGGUCGAGACCUUGGAAAUACCUCCUCAUUUAGUGAAAUAUUUAGCGACUUCCUAUGGCUCGUGGUACCAAUCUAUUAAGAUUUUGGAAUCAAUUCAAGACAGUACUACAAUAGAUAAUGCAAAGAUAAUUGAAGCAAACCAUGAUGCUCUACUAGAACUAUAUCAUAAUUUACAAGAAGAUGAUAUGUAUUAUGGUUUAUGGAGAAGAAGAGCAAAGUACAAUGAAACAAGUAUAGCUCUUUCAUACGAACAAGUAGGUUUAUGGGACCAGGCACAACAACUAUACGAGGUUGCACAAAUUAAAGCUAGAAGUGGUGCCCUUCCUUACUCUGAUUCUGAGUAUGCACUUUGGGAGGAUAAUUGGAUAUUAUGUGCAGAGAAACUCCAACAUUGGGAUAUAUUAACGGAACUAGCAAAACACGAAGGAUUUACGGACUUAUUACUAGAAUGUGGAUGGAGAGUUGCUGAUUGGAAUUCUGACAGGGAAGCAUUAGAACAAUCUGUAAAGAGUGUUAUGGAUGUGCCUACGCCUCGUAGACAAAUGUUUGAAACGUUCCUUGCGUUACAACAUUUUGCUGACACUGGAAAAGGUGACCAAGAAGUGAAGCGAUUAUGUGAUGAAGGAAUUCAAUUAAGUUUACACAAAUGGGCUUCCCUUCCUGAGAAGUAUACGCCAGCUCAUAAGUGGCUACUACAUGGGUUCCAACAAUACCUCGAAUUUUUGGAGGCUACCCAAAUUUACAACAAUUUACAUACCACUACUGUUCAAAAUAUUGAUGCCAAAGCACAGGAAGUUAAACGUGUUUUCCAGGCUUGGAGAGAUCGUCUACCCAACAUCUGGGACGAUAUUGACUUGUGGAACGAUUUAGUUACAUGGAGACAGCACACAUUCCAAAUUGUGAAUAAUGCUUACUUACCAUUAAUACCUGCACUUCAGCAAACAAAUAGUAGUAACACCAUCAAUACACAUGCAUAUAGAGGAUACCACGAGCUGGCGUGGAUCAUUAAUAGAUUUGCACAUGUUGCCCGUAGACAUAAUAUGCCAGAAGUCUGUAUCAAUCAGCUAGCGAGAAUAUACACUCUACCCAAUAUUGAGAUCCAAGAAGCCUUCCUCAAACUACGUGAGCAAGCCAAGUGUCAUUACCAAAACAUGAAUGAACUGACAACUGGUUUAGAUGUCAUUAGCAACACAAAUUUGGUUUAUUUCGGUACCGGUCAAAAGGCAGAGUUUUUUACACUAAAGGGUAUGUUUUUAUCAAGGUUAAAAGCCAACGAUGAAGCUAACCAAGCUUUUGCUACCGCAGUCCAGAUUGACCUGAAUUUAGCAAAGGCUUGGGCACAGUGGGGGUUCUUUAAUGAUCGACGUUUAACAGAGGAACCAAACAAUAUUAGUUAUGCAAGUAAUGCCAUCAGUUGUUACCUCCAAGCUGCAGGUCUUUACAAGAAUUCCAAGACUAGAAACCUUCUAUGUCGUAUCUUAUGGUUAAUUAGUAUGGAUGACGCUUCUGGCUCGCUGUCAAAAGCAUUCGAUUCAUUUAGAGGUGAGGUUCCAGUAUGGUACUGGAUAACCUUUAUCCCUCAAUUAUUGACAUCAUUAUCGCACAAGGAAGCAAAUAUGGUUCGCCAAAUACUUAUUAGAAUCGCCAAAAGUUAUCCUCAAGCUCUUCACUUCCAGUUAAGGACCACAACAGAGGACUUUUCUGUUAUCCAAAAAAGAACAAUGGCCGUUAUUAAAGAGAAGGGUGAAUCACUGCAACAGAACAGCAAUGGUACGCGCCAACCAUGGGAACAUCUUCAAGAAUUGAGUAGCAUUUUGAAAACAGCUUAUCCUCUAUUGGCACUAUCUCUCGAAUCAUUGGUUGCUCAAAUAGACGAACGUUUUAAAACUAGUGCAGAUGAAGAUUUAUUCAGACUUAUCAAUGUACUUCUAAUUGAUGGAACAUUCAAUUAUAACCGACUACCCUUCCCAAGGACAAACAUCCAACUACCUUCCAGUACAGAAACCAAUUUGAAGAGACUUUCUGAAACAUUACUCGCACCACAUAUUAGACCUAAAUUCCAGACUGAUUUUAUAGAAAGCAAGCCUGAUUUUGAAACGUAUCUCAAGAGACUACGCUAUUGGAGGAGAAGACUAGAGAGUCGACUUGCAAGGGUACCUCACACAGAACACCUUGAGAAGAUUUGCCCUCACUUAAGUAAUUUCCACCAUCAAACGUUUGAAGAUAUUGAAAUUCCAGGGCAAUACCUGCUAAACAAAGACACAAAUUUACACUUUGUAAAGAUCACAAGGUUUUUACCUACAGUCGACUUUGUCCGCAGUACACAUCUAUCGUACUACAGGCUAAAUAUUGGAGGUAACGAUGGUAACACAUAUUCUUUUGCUGUUCAAUUACCAGCAGUUCGUCAUUCAAGAAGGGAAGAACGAAUGUUCCAACUUUACAGAUUGUUAAACAAUUUACUAACAAAGAAUGUGGAAACUCGUAGACGUAAUAUUCAAUUUAAUUUACCUAUCGCCAUCCCAUUAUCUCCUAAUGUUCGUAUUAUGAAUGACAACGCAUCAUUUAAGACACUACAUCAAAUAUAUGAUAAAUAUUGCUCUAAAAAUGGUUUGGAUCCAGAAGCCAUUCAGGAUUUCAUAUCAGAGCAACUAAAGAUGGCACACGAUAAAUCAUUACCUAAUCCUGACCUAACAUUGGUUAAGAUUGAAAUAAUGAGCUCCAUUCAAUCAAUGUUCUUACCAACAAAUGUUUUGAAGGAUUAUUUUUCAUCAAUGUUCACAGAAUUUGAAGAUUUCUGGUUAUUCCGUAAGCAGUUUGCAUCUAAUUAUGGGACUUUUACAUUUUUGUCUCAUAUGAUGACCAUCAAUAAUCGAACACCAAAUAAGAUCUAUAUCGACGAAAAAUCAGGAGAUGUGUUUACGUUAGAAAUGCUCCCAUCAAGAUACCCAUUCGAAAGAGUUAAACCAUUCUUAAAGAAUUAUGAUAUAGAUUUGCCUGCGGAUGCCCCAAUUUUCCACAAUCAAGAACCAAUACCAUUUAGGUUAACGCCAAAUAUUCAAAAAUUGAUCGGUGAUUCGGCAUUAGAAGGUAUAUUCUCAGUUAACUUGUUCCUAAUAGCACGUGCUUUGAUGGAACCAGAGAAUAAAUUGAAUACAUACCUUACCCUUUUCAUCCGUGAUGAAAUUAUUUCAUGGUAUAGUAAUUUGCAUCGUCCAAUUGUGGAAAAUCCCCAAUUACGUGAAAUGGUACAAUCUAAUGUGGAUCUGAUUAUAAGAAAGGUUUCACAAUUAGGCCAUCUAAGCUCAAGCCCAACGGUGACAACUCAACAUGCAUUAGAUUUAAUCAAUGCCGCUGUUAAUCCAAGAAACCUUGCUAAGACAGAUAUAAGUUAUAUGGCGUGGUUCUAG